UCAGACUGGAUCUCUGACCAUCAUGAACAUCAGAACCACAGACUCUGGAGUUUAUCAUCUAGAGAUCAACAGCAGAAGAGGCACAAUCAGUGCAAAGAUCUUCAUUGUUGCUGUAUCUGGUUUUUCUGGUGUUGGUUCAGUCAAAGUCUCAGUGUUUGUGAUGGAGGGAGAUUCGGUCACUUUACACAAUGAUGUUGAAACAAACCCAGAUUGGAAUAGAUGGGAUUUUCAUAACAUUAUCAUAGCAGAUCGCAAACCUUUCUGUACAGAUGUCACUUGUAAUAAAAGAUACAAAGACAGGCUGAAGCUGGAUCAUCAGACUGGAUCUCUGACCAUCACAAACACCAGAAUCACAGACUCUGGAGUUUAUCAGCAAUGGAUCACUGGCAGCGGUAGAAAUGUCUUCACUGUUGUUGUUCGUGAUGUGUCUGGUGUUGAUACAGACAGAGUGUUUGUGAAGGAGGGAGAUUCAGUCACUCUAUACACUGGUGUUAAAACAGACCAACAAGACACAAUUAAAUGGUAUUUUAAUAAGACUCUCAUAGCUCAAAUCAGUGGAUAUCUCGGUUUAGUCUGUAAAGAGGUCCAGUGUAAUAUCCAAGGUGAAGGACAAUCCAGAAACAGACUUCAGUUCAGAAAAAGACUGCAAGUGGAUUCUCAGACUGGAUCUCUCACCAUCAGAAAUAUCAACACCACAGACUCUGGACUUUAUGAUCUACUGGUCAUCAGCAGAUUAAUCAGCAGUAGUACAAAGAUCUUCAACGUUACCAUACCUGAUGUUCCUGCUCAACGGGAUGAAAUGAAGAGAAAGUCAGUGGUGGAAGGAGAUUCUGUCACUUUAAAUCCUGGUGUAAUAUAUAAUCCAAAUGAUUCAAUGACGUGUUAUUUUAAUGACACUCUAAUCGCUGAAAUCGCUGGAGGUCAGAAUAAGAUCUGUGCAGAUAAUGAGUGUAAAGAGAGAUUCAGAGACAGACUGAAGCUGGAUCAUCAGACUGGAUCUCUGACCAUCAUGAACAUCAACACCACAGACUCUGGAAUCUAUAAUCUACAGAUCACCAGCACCAGCUUCAGCAUCAUAAGGAGCUUCAGUGUUACUGUAACUGGUUUUUUCGGUGUUGAUACAGAUGGAGGGUCAAUGUCUGUGAUGGAAGGAGAUUCAGUCACUCUACAGACUGGCAUUAAAACAAAUCAACCAGAAAGGAUUAAAUGGUAUUUUAAUGGCUUUCAAAUAGCUGUAAUCACUGGAGAUCUCAGUUUUAUCUGUACAGAUGUUCAGUGUGAAGAUGGUGCUGGGAGAUUCAGAGACAGACUGAAGCUGGAUCAUCAGACUGGAUCUCUGACCAUCAUGAACAUCAGAACCACAGACUCUGGACUCUAUAAACUAGAGAUCAACAGCAGAAGAGGCACAAUCAGUACAAAGAUCUUCAUUGUUGCUGUAUCUGGUUUUCUUGGUGUUGGCGCAGAUGGAUUAUCAGCAUUUGUGAUGGAGGAAGAUUCAGUCACUCUACACUCUGAUGUUAAAACAAACCAACAGCAAUCUAUUAAAUGGUUUAUUGAUCAAAUUUCCAUUGCUGUAAUCAGUGAACUUUACAGUUAUAUCUGUACAGAUGUUCAGUGUAAUGUAGGUUCUGAGAGAUUCAGAGCCAGACUGAAGCUGGACAAUCAGACUGGAUCUCUGACCAUCACAAACACCAGAACCACAGACUCUGGAGUUUAUCAACUACAGAUCAUCAACAGCAACACCAGUACAACUGAAUUUGGUGUUGAAGUACAUAAUUUUUCUGCUGCGGAACGAGAUGAAAUAAAGAGAAAGUUAGUGAAGGAGGGAGAAUCUGUCACUUUAUACACUGGAGAAAUAAAAAACCCAAAUUAUUUGAUGACGUGGUGUUUUAAUGACACUCGUAUAGCUGAAAUCACUGGAAAUCAGAGCAAGAUCUGUACAGUUGUUCAGUGUGAAGAUGGUGAUGAGAGGUUCAGAGACAGACUGAAAGUGAAUCAUUCAUCUGGAUCUCUGACCAUCAUGAACACCAGAAUCACAGACUCUGGAGACUAUCAACUAAAUAUUACCAGCAGCAGGAUCACCAUCAUUAGGAACUUCAGUGUUUCUGUCAUAGCUGACCUAACAGGAAUAUAUGCUGCUGUUUCUGCUGUUCUGCUGCUGGUGGUUGCAUCUGCUGGUUUAAUUUACUCUUGCAAGUGCCAUUCAAGAAGGAAAUACAUCAGGACCCAGCACAAUGAUCAGGUGAAUGGUGUUGAAGACUCGUCCCCUGAUCAGACAGACUCUAUUUUGAUGACUCCUGCCAGUCAGAUAUUCCAGACUGAGACUGAUGCUGUCAAUGAGGCACCAACUUAACAUUAUUCAUUGUUAUGAUUCUUUCAUAAAAGAGGCAGUGAGGAGAAGACAACACUCAGACAAAUAGGGUUUCACUUUGACAGCAAAAUAUAUUUUUUAGUAAUUUAAAUACAUAAAAAAUGUAGCAGAAAUAUUUUUUAAAUUCUAUAUACUUUUACACAAAUGAGAGACAAGGAACAAAAGAACACGUUAUCUGCAAUAAAACAAAGAGCGUUUGAGGUUUUUCAGUAUAUUUAAACUGCAAGACAAGCACUCUUCACAGAACAGCUGCCAAACAACACAUGUCUACUGCUGAUACUGGUAAUGUUAGAUUUGUAUAGUUUUAGUACUAGCAUCUUAACAACACUACACUCUUGUCUCUAGCAUUCAUGUUACUCUAAGGCCUUGUCCACAGUAAUACAUUUUCAUUUGAAUAAAAUAACUUUUUCU